CACCUCCCCCGCCCGGCUUGAACCAACGACAUCCCUACUCUCUCUCGCCGUCCUCCCUUCUGACGACUCCAGAGGAGAGCACCAGGGGUUUUCCCCAGACACCCGCAGCCAUGGCGUCCUCAUCGUCGUCGGCCGCACACCCGGUCGAGGCCACGGCCUUCCCGGACGGCACCACAGAAUACAAACCCUUGAGGGUCAACAAGGCCUUCGAUGCCAAGAAGCCUCACAUCUCAGACGAGCCCAUGACUAUGAAGAACUGGCACAAGCACAUCCACUGGCUCAACACCACCUUCAUUCUCUUUGUGCCACUGUGUGGUCUCAUCUCCACAUACUGGGUGCCCCUCCAGUUCAAGACGGCCAUCUGGGCUCUCGUGUACUACUUCAACACGGGCCUGGGCAUCACUGCCGGCUACCAUCGUCUCUGGGCGCAUAGCUGCUACAAGGCCUCGCUGCCCCUCAAGAUCUACCUUGCUGCCGUCGGCGCCGGCGCCGUUGAGGGCUCCAUCAGGUGGUGGUCCAACGGCCACCGCGCCCACCACCGUUACACCGACACCGACAAGGACCCCUACUCAGUCCGCAAGGGUCUCCUGUACUCGCACAUGGGAUGGAUGCUGCUCAAGCAGAACCCCAAGAAGCAGGGCCGUACCGACAUUACCGAUCUGAACGAGGACCCCGUCGUCGUGUGGCAGCACCGCAACUUCAUCAAGUCCGUCAUCACCAUGGCCUUGAUCUUCCCAACCGUUGUUGCUGGUCUCGGCUGGGGCGACUGGUGGGGCGGCUUCAUCUACGCCGGCAUUCUGCGCAUCUUCGUCGUCCAGCAGGCUACCUUCUGCGUCAACUCGCUCGCCCACUGGCUCGGAGACCAGCCCUUCGACGACCGCAACUCUCCUCGUGACCAUGUCAUCACGGCGCUUGUUACCCUGGGUGAGGGCUACCACAACUUCCACCACGAGUUCCCAUCGGACUACCGCAACGCCAUCGAGUGGUACCAGUAUGACCCCACCAAGUGGUCCAUCUGGAUCUGGAAGCAGCUGGGCCUCGCCUACGACCUCAAGCAGUUCCGCCAGAACGAGAUCGAGAAGGGCCGUCUGCAGCAGCAGCAGAAGAAGCUCGACCAGAAGCGCUCCAAGCUCGACUGGGGUAUCCCUCUGGAGCAGCUGCCUGUUGUCGACUGGGACGACUUUGUUGAGCAGUCUCACAACGGCAAGGGUCUCGUUGCUGUGGCUGGUGUCAUCCACGAUGUCACCGACUUCAUCAAGGACCACCCCGGUGGCAAGGCUCUCAUCUCGUCCGCCAUCGGCAAGGACGCAACCGCCAUCUUCAACGGUGGUGUUUACAAUCACUCCAACGCCGCCCAUAACCUUCUCUCUACCAUGCGUGUCGGCGUCCUGCGCGGCGGCUGCGAGGUCGAGAUCUGGAAGCGUGCCCAGUAUGAGAAUAAGGAUGUGUCUACCGUCGUUGACUCGUCAGGCAAGCGUAUCGUUCGCGCAGGCAUGCAGGUGACCAAGGUCCAGCAGCCUGUCGCGAGCGCCCAUGCCGCUUGAUUUUUACGCUCUUACCUUGCUUCUGGUGGACUGGUUUGAAGUGCUACUGAGUACGGCUCUGUUAAUGGAGACGUAAAGAGCCCCAUAUCUCUACACGCCUUCAUUGGCCCAGACUACCCGAUUUCUUCAUUGUCAUACACUUGCGUUGACUUUUUUGGCGUUACGAGGUUGGGACACUGGACUCUGGCGACUGCUUUUGUAUUUCCUUUAAGAAUGAUGUUGAUGGGCGCUAUUGAUAAGCACCCAAAAUUCACGACGUUAAGAACAAAAUACUGGUGCUCCGGGGGUCCUUGUGCAAGCAAGGCCCUGCUAUUUGUUCAUUGACACCCGCUGUACAUACUCAUCUAUAGACUGACUCCCAACGCCAUCGGAUCAGGCGCCAUUUGAAAUUUCUGAUCACUUUUCAGAUGUAAUCUUCUCCCGCAUCAUUGCUCGUGUAGUGAGUAGCUGCGAUUGUGAAUUGGAACCAUGAAUGGUGAAAUGAGGUCAGUUGAUCCGUCUUUGCUGUCCACCCACCUGCAAACUUAC